UGUUCUCGAACGCCCAGCGAUCCUCCCGAGCGCUGGGAUUACAGGCAUGCGCCACCACGCCCGGCCCCUGUUGCUUUCUGAAAGGGGUGGUUCUGCUUGGGGGCUCAGUUUGCCACCUGUGCGGGGAGGGGGUUGUGAGGAUUCUCAGCAGUCAGAAUGGGUACAGACUGAGUCUUCUACAUUCACUUGGGUAACGCCUGGGUCACCAGCGUCAGAUUCUCUUUUAAAUUUUUUUUUUUUCGGUACGGGGAAUCGAACUCACGACCUUGCUCUUGCCAGGCAGGAGCUGUGCCUCUGAGCUAAAUCCCCAGCCCCUCUCUUUUUAUUUUAUUUUAUUUAUUGUCAGUUUCUCAUAGUGGGCCAGGUUUGUUGUCUGCCUGGUGAGGCCUGGCCUCAGUUUCCCUAAAUGCUCUCACCCAUGUGGCCAGGGCUGUUUUUCUGACAGCACAGGGUUUCAGCUUAUCCUGUGACGGGCUUACAAUGGACAAGACUGUUUCCCCUGAAGCGCCUGCUGGCCAGCCCUUAGGCUCCUUGAAGGAGUCCCUGGUGUUGGUGCCUCAGUUUCCCUAUGUCAUGAUCAGAGUGGCUGGGUCUCAGUUUCUCAGGUGCAGUGUCUGGCUCCGCGCACCUCAGUUUCCCCCAGGGAGUAUCCCAGUGGCGGUGCUUCGGCCGGCUGCCUGUACCCUGACCGGGCUGCUUUCUGGCCUCUGCCCCUUUCCCACACCCGCAGGCCGGCACCGCCGCCAUGAUGUGCGAGGUGAUGCCCACCAUCAGCGAGGAUGGCCGGCGGGGCUCGGCGCUGGGCCCGGACGAGGCGGGCGGCGAGCUGGAGCGCCUCAUGGUCACCAUGCUCACGGAGCGCGAGCGCCUGCUCGAGACGCUGCGCGAGGCGCAGGACGGGCUGGCGACGGCGCAGCUGCGGCUGCGCGAGCUGGGCCACGAAAAGGACUCGCUGCAGCGCCAGCUCAGCAUCGCGCUGCCCCAGGAGUUCGCGACUCUGACGAAGGAGGUGAACUUAUGUCGGGAGCAGCUGAUGGAGAGGGAGGAAGAGAUUGCAGAGCUGAAGGCAGAGCGGAACAACACACGGCUCCUCCUGGAACAUCUGGAGUGCCUGGUGUCCAGGCACGAAAGGUCAUUGCGCAUGACAGUGGUGAAGCGCCAGGCCCAGUCCCCCGGCGGGGUCUCCUCCGAGGUGGAGGUGCUCAAGGCGCUCAAGUCUCUCUUCGAGCACCACAAGGCCCUGGAUGAGAAGGUCCGGGAGCGGCUUCGGAUAGCCCUGGAGCGAGUGGCAGUGCUGGAGGAAGAGCUGGAGCUGAACCAUCAGGAGACUCUGAACCUCCGAGACCAGCUGUCUAGGCGGAGGUCGGGGCUGGAAGAACCGGGGAAGGAUGGAGACGGGCAGACCCUUGCCAAUGGCCUGGGUCCUGCUGGGGACUCCAGCCGCCGCACCGCAGAGCUGGAGGACGCCCUGGAGCGGCAGCGCGGGGAGAUGUGCCAGCUGCGAGAGCGCCUGGCCGUGCUGUGCCGUCAGAUGAGCCAGCUGGAGGAGGAACUGGGCACUGCUCACCGAGAGCUGGGCAAGGCCGAGGAGGCCAACUCCAAGCUGCAGCGUGACCUCAAGGAGGCGCUGGCUCAGCGGGAGGACAUGGAGGAGCGGAUCACUACGCUGGAGAAGCGCUACCUGAGCGCCCAGCGCGAGGCCACGUCUCUGCACGAUGCCAACGACAAGCUGGAGAACGAACUAGCCAGCAAGGAGUCGCUGUACCGGCAGAGUGAGGAGAAGAGCCGGCAGUUGGCCGAGUGGCUGGACGAUGCCAAGCAGAAGCUGCAGCAGACACUGCAGAAGGCCGAGACCCUGCCUGAAAUAGAGGCGCAGUUGGCCCAGCGAGUAGCCGCGCUCAACAAGGCUGAGGAACGUCACGGGAAUUUUGAAGAGCGUCUUCGGCAGCUGGAGGCCCAGUUGGAGGAGAAGAACCAGGAGCUGCAGCGGGCGCGGCAGCGGGAAAAGAUGAACGACGACCACAAUAAGCGGCUGUCGGAGACGGUUGACAAGCUGCUGAGCGAGUCCAAUGAGCGGCUGCAACUGCACCUCAAGGAGCGCAUGGGGGCGCUGGAGGAAAAGAACUCGCUGAGUGAGGAGAUUGCCAACAUGAAGAAGCUGCAGGAUGAGCUGCUGCUGAACAAGGAGCAGCUCUUGGCUGAGAUGGAGCGAAUGCAGAUGGAAAUCGACCAGCUUCGGGGGAGGCCACCUUCCUCCUACUCUCGGUCUCUCCCUGGCAGUGCCCUGGAGCUCCGUUACUCUCAGGCACCCACGUUACCUUCUGGUGGCCCCCUGGACCCGUAUGGGGCUGGCAGUGGCCGGGCAGGCAAGAGGGGCCGCUGGUCGGGGGUGAAAGACGAGCCCACCAAGGACUGGGAGCGCUCCACACCUGCUGGGUCCAUGCCACCCCCAUUCCCCGGGGAGCUGGAUGGCUCGGAUGAGGAAGAGGCAGAAGGCAUGUUCGGCGCAGAGCUGCUGUCGCCCAGCGGUCAGGCUGAUGUGCAGACGCUGGCCAUCAUGCUCCAAGAGCAGCUGGAAGCCAUCAACAAGGAGAUCAAGCUAAUCCAAGAGGAGAAAGAGACGACAGAACAGAGGGCAGAGGAGCUGGAGAGCCGAGUGUCUAGCUCGGGCCUGGACUCCCUGGGCCGCUACCGCAGCAGCUGCUCCCUGCCCCCCUCCCUCACCACCUCGACCCUCGCCAGCCCCUCCCCCCCCAGCUCUGGCCAUUCCACUCCCCGCCUGGCGCCGCCCAGCCCUGCCCGAGAGGGCACCGACAAGGCGAAUCACGUCCCCAAGGAGGAAGUCGGGGCUCCAAGAGGGGAGGGCCCGGCCAUCCCAGGAGACACCCCACCUCCCACCCCUCGUUCUGCCCGGCUUGAGAGAAUGACCCAGGCCUUGGCGCUGCAGGCAGGGUCCCUGGAGGACGGGGGACCCUCACGGGGAAGUGAGGGUACCCCAGAUUCCCUGCACAAAGCCCCCAAAAAGAAGAGCAUCAAGUCAUCCAUAGGCCGCCUCUUUGGCAAGAAGGAGAAGGGGCGGAUGGGACCCCCAGGCCGGGACAGCUCUUCUCUGGCUGGAACACCCUCGGAGGAGACGCUGGCAACCGACCCUCUGGGGCUCGCCAAGCUCACAGGCCCGGGAGACAAGGACCGGAGGAACAAGCGGAAGCACGAGCUCCUGGAGGAGGCCUGUCGCCAGGGCCUGCCUUUCGCUGCUUGGGACGGGCCCACCGUGGUCUCCUGGCUGGAGCUGUGGGUAGGUAUGCCCGCGUGGUAUGUGGCCGCCUGCCGGGCCAACGUCAAGAGCGGUGCCAUCAUGGCCAACUUGUCGGACACGGAGAUCCAGCGCGAGAUCGGCAUCAGCAAUCCGUUGCACCGGCUCAAACUGCGCCUCGCCAUCCAGGAGAUGGUCUCGCUCACCUCGCCGUCGGCGCCCGCCUCCUCCCGCACGCCCACAGGAAAUGUGUGGAUGACACACGAGGAGAUGGAAUCCCUGACAGCCGCGACGAAGCCCGAGACCAAGGAGAUCAGCUGGGAGCAGAUCCUGGCAUAUGGCGACAUGAACCACGAAUGGGUGGGAAACGACUGGCUGCCCAGCCUGGGGCUACCCCAGUACCGCAGCUACUUCAUGGAGUCGUUGGUGGAUGCCCGAAUGUUAGAUCACCUUAACAAGAAGGAGCUCCGGGGUCAGCUCAAGAUGGUGGACAGCUUCCACAGGGUGAGUCUACAUUACGGGAUCAUGUGCCUGAAACGGCUCAACUAUGACCGGAAGGACCUGGAGCGGAGGCGGGAAGAGAGCCAGACCCAGAUCCGAGACGUGAUGGUGUGGUCCAAUGAGCGAGUCAUGGGUUGGGUGUCUGGGCUGGGCCUGAAGGAAUUCGCCACAAACCUCACGGAAAGCGGGGUGCACGGGGCGCUGCUUGCCCUGGAUGAGACCUUCGACUACUCCGACCUGGCCUUGCUCCUACAGAUCCCCACGCAAAACGCGCAGGCCCGGCAACUACUGGAGAAGGAAUUCAGCAACCUCAUCUCCUUAGGCACAGACAGACGGCUAGACGAGGACAGCGCCAAGUCCUUCAGCCGCUCCCCAUCCUGGCGGAAGAUGUUUCGGGAGAAGGACCUCCGAGGAGUAACCCCCGACUCGGCUGAGAUGUUGCCCCCUAACUUUCGUUCAGCUGCAGCAGGAGCCCUGGGGUCGCCGGGGCUCCCUCUGCGAAAGUUGCAGCCGGAAGGACAGACUUCUGGGAGCUCCCGGGCAGACGGCGUUUCCGUCCGGACCUAUUCCUGCUAGUGUCAGCCUCCAGGUGACCUCACUCGGAUGGAGGACUCGCCCAGAGUCUGGGACGGUCCCCCUGCUGUCCACAGUCUGGUCUCGCCGGGGAGAGCCGGCCCGGAGCUCUAGCCGCGGACUGCACCAUCUGUACAGACAGGGCACGCGCGCGUCCCCGCCUCCCCAGUGGUCUGGGCCUGGACCAAACCACAUGGACUGGACUAAGCGGGGGACAGGAGAGGGAAGGGAGAAAUCCCGCUCCAAACUUCCGCCUCCCUUUUCUCUACUUUGUAAUUUAUUGAUCAGUUUCCGACGGGAGACGGGUGCCCGCCACCCGCGGAAAGGGGGCGGGGGUUCCCUCCCGGGCCGCAUGCGGGGAAAGGCUGCUCUCCCUUUCUCCUGCCCAGUCGCGGGCCCCAAGUCUUCCUUCUUCGUCCGAAAGGAGGGGAGGGGGGACUCGCUGCUACAAGCCUCGCCCCCUGUGCCACUCGGCCCCGCCCGGCCGAAUCCGGUGCCCUGUCCCCGGGGUCAUUUGCGGGCGGGGUCCCCUGUCCCUCCCCCGUGUCUCGUGUCCCCGGGGCCUCCCCGCCCCCCGUGCUGUGGCCAUGUCCGUGCCCCAGGGGCAAGGGGCGCAGCUGCGCGCCCCCGGUCCCCUCCGGCUCCGGGGUUUGCAUGGGAGAAUCCUCUUUCCACGAUGCCACUGAGCGACGUGGUGUGGGAGGAGGGCGGACGACGGGGGAACCCUUCGCCCCCGGCUCUCGGUCGGCCUCCCGGCCCUAGGCGUCACUCAGUGAUCACGGGUAAAGAGAACUGUUUCAAAAA